CUCUUAAAAUAUUAGGCAUAAUAUAAAUUUAUAUCUUGUGGUGGAUUCUAAAAUAUUGACAUCCAAUAAGUGAUGUACUGAAUAUAUACGCUUACAUAUAUAUGUAUGAAAUUCUGCACAGAUUACCUUCUUUUUUUUAAAUUUGUGUAACCUUUUAAUUUACUAUGAAUUUACUUCCACAAAAUUUAUUUUAUACAUAAUACAGAAUAAUGUUUGGAAACAUUCGUUUAUUGAUGCAAAAAGUAGAUAUUUUUAAAUAAUAUUUCUUGUGCAAUGACUCGUCAUUAUCUAACGAUAUUUAAACGACGAAGAUCACAUUAUAUAUCUUGGAAUAUUUUAUUCCUCUGGGGAUUUGGAUUAUGGAUAGCUCUGUGUACAAGUAAUUUGUAUCACUCUGAUAUUUUGGCACAAGAAGCUGUAUUAUUUUAUCAGCAAAAUUUAAAUCUUGGAAUUGCAUGUAACAUUUCAACAAACACAGAAACUAUGGAAGAUAUGUUAUACAUUAUGGCAUCAGAUUAUACUUUGAACAACACAACACUAAUCUUAAGGGCCAUGCUUAAACAUAUUCAUAUUUUUGCAUUCAUAUGCUUUGUGGUACUUUCUAUAUUCAUGCAAGAACGUAUAAGGAAAAAGAUAGAAGUAUGGAAUAAUAUUUUUCACAGAAAAUGUAACUCUUCUUCAAUUAUCUCAUAUUUGAAUUCUUUUGUGAGAGAACAUAAAGAAAAUAAUAUUUUUAAUGAUGAAACAAAUGGUAAUGAUCACCUUGUGUUGCAAUGUGAACUUUCUCUAAAUUCUAAAAUUGAUGUGGAGCAGAAUAUGUUAUCCUAUGAUCAAACAAAAGAUGAUUAUGUUUGGGUAGAGGAAAAAAAUAACAAUAUACUGAACAUAAAUAUAACUAUUGUACAAAACAAAAUUGUUUUUAAUGGUUAUACAUUGUUGCUCUUUAACAAUUAUGAAUUGUACCAAUAUUUUAAUAAUCAACAAUUGAAGAGUACUUAUAGCUCCUUAACAAGGUAUUUAGCAGUUCAGAACUCAAAAUAUAUAGAAUGUGAUGUAAAAUCAUCAAAUGAAAAAAUCAAUUAUCUUCCAUUAAAAAAAUGUGUACAAAAGGGUGUCAUUAGUUCAUCACCAGAAUUUAAAAAAUUUCUGGAAAAUUUAACGAGAUCUCAAUUUUUUCAUCCAUUUAUGUUAGAGGUGUCUACAAGUUAUAUUGUUUGUAUAAAAUCAAUUUAUAAGUGAUCAUUUUAAAUAAAAUAUUCUGUUUUA